AUGCUGUUUAUAAACAACAUUUCUUUAGGAGAAUGUAGAUCGGCAUUUGAAAACGUAAAUUUGACUUUAUUUUUUUCUAACGAAAGAGAAAAUAGCGUUUCACUACCUUAUAAAAAUCCAUAUCUUACUCUUCUUAUAAUAUUUGGGACAUCCUUAAUAAGACAUGGUUCCAGUUUAGAGGAAAAAUGUAAAAAGUUUCUUAAAUAUGAUUGUAUUAGUCAUCAACAUAUAUUUCCUAAUCUUGAUGCAUAUUGUCAAAGUAGACGAACUGAUGAGUGUGAAAGAUUGGAUACAAAGGUCAAUGAAACAUGUGUCAAUUUAAACAAAACAUUUGAUGAUUUAGGUCUUGCUUCUGCAAAUGGUGUUUGGACUAUACUAUGGAACAGCACUGCAAACAUUAUCACUACACCUCAAUGUCAAAUGUUAAUAGAAGAAUGCACUUAUUUUGAACAUGCAUGUCUUGGUAUUAAAAGUCCAUGUGAAAAUGUAAAAGCUCUAUGUUAUACGCUGGGUAUAAAAAGAUCUCACUUGAAUAAUGUUUGGAAAAAACUCAAAGAAAAAAUGCCAUUCACUGAUUUUAGCAUUUUUAAUCAAUCUCAUCUACCUCAAUCCUCUGAUACUUCUAAGUUGCACCAGCCUAUUCUAGAUAUAUGUGCUGAGCUUGGAGGAACUAACGAGGUCUUAUUUAGAUGGUGUUUGCACCCUACCCCUAUUACCCCCCCUCCCCCCGUCUCGAUAACUUUCCCAGGUAACUUACUUGAUAGAUUAUUUCAUGAUUUUUCAGCAAGGCACGAGGAUUUAAAAAGAGAUUUACUAUAUGUAUCAGAACCUCCUACUUUAACAGAAUGUGCAACUUAUCUUUAUGAAUGUCACAGCUUAUCAAACAUUUUUAAAGAUCUUAUUAAUUGUACAAUACUGGAAAAAGCAUGUUAUAAUAGUCACAAAAAUUAUGGUAGACCUAAAGAUUCUAAGUUUAGCAAGUCGGCUUGA